GCUCAAAAAUCUUCUGGCUUUCUUUUUCUGCGAGUUGAAAAUUUUGAAACAAGAAAAGAAAGAGCAAAAAAUUAACAAGAAGACACUCUGAAACACCAAUGUACUCGGGGUUUGGGAAGGCGUCAGGGCCAACUGAACCGCCGAAAGCACAACCAUCUUUCGGAAAUUUUAGUGGUCGACCUCCUUCACCCUCUCCACCGACCACCCCUCUUUUUUCCGCCUCUGCACCAGUUCGAUCACCUCCCAGGGGACCCGAAGCUCUAGCAAAGCUGCAUUCACCGUUUUUGGCCUUUCAAGGUGCUCGUCCUGCUCCAAGUCAUCCUUACCCAUCUGCGGGAGUCCAUAGGUCCACGGAAUCUCUUCCGAGUUGGGAUGAUGAGCAGAGAUCCUUUUUCAAAAAUUAUGAUACCCAGGCUCAAGAAAGGCCAUCUGCUGUCACGUCAUUUGUUGUUUCUCGUAAUUCUGAAACUAGUGUUACGGCCAAGAUUGCCAGAUUCCAAGACACAAAAGGGGCCAGAUCUCCUCCCUUUAUGUCUAAAGAUGAAAAUAUAAGAAAUUCCACUCAAGUUGUCCCAAGGAGUCACUUCGUUACUCCAAGAAUACGAUCGCCCCCCUUGGUCUCUUAUGAGGAUUUGCAUCCCUUUGUUGGAGUAGAAGGGCGUGCAUUUGCCUCCUCUGGAAUGGAAAAUCAGCCAAAGUUGCUAGAAGAUCAUGCUGAGUUGCAGGCUCAUCAAGGACCUUCUCUAGUAUCACAUUUUGAGGGCUCUUAUGCGUCUGGUAGAAAUUUUCCUGUCAAACAUGACGAUGUUCAAGUCCCAAAACGAACAAGGCCUUCUAUAUCACCUGCUAUGUUGAAUAAUGGAUCAAAUGCCAGUUUUAGUACUCCUGAUUCUCGGGUACAUCAAAGAUCUUUGGAAUCUCCAAGCAAUACUAUUUCAGAAGCUGCUGCAAGCAAUUUGACGAGCAUCCCGGUUGCCAAAAGAACGAGGUCACCUCCUUUACUUCCUGAGGAUCAAGUCUUUAACGGGAACUCUUAUGCCAGUGAAGAUGGUACUGAACGAGAAAUGCAGGCCAAGGCAAAGCGGUUAGCCCGGUUCAGGGUUGAAUUAACAAAAACUCUUCCAAACAAUCCUGACAUUGUAGAGCAGGGGGUUUCUGCAAAUAGACAUGAGCAAUCUAAUGUUGACAAGAACAAAUUGGUUGCAUAUAAUUCUACUGAAAUGGCUAUGGAUGGUACUGAUGGCAAUGCUUUAUCGGAGAAUGAAGGUGUGGAAUUGUCUGGUGUCAUCAUUGGGCUAUGCCCGGAUAUGUGUCCAGAGUCAGAAAGGGCCGAACGAGAAAGGAAAGGGGACCUUGAUCAGUAUGAGCGCUUGGACGGGGAUAGAAAUCAAACGAGCAUGUCCCUUGCUGUUAAAAAGUAUAACAGAACAGCUGAGCGAGAUGCAAACUUGAUAAGACCGAUGCCGAUCCUGCAGAAGACAAUUGAUUAUUUGCUCAAUUUGCUCGAUCAGCCUUACAAUGAUAGGUUUCUUAGCAUAUAUAACUUCUUAUGGGAUAGGAUGCGAGCAAUCCGAAUGGAUUUGAGAAUGCAACACAUUUUUAACCAAGAGGCUAUUACUAUGCUGGAGCAAAUGAUAAGACUUCAUAUAAUUGCCAUGCAUGAAUUAUGCGAAUACUCAAGAGGAGAGGGCUUUGCGGAGGGGUUUGACGCACACCUCAAUAUUGAACAGAUGAAUAAAACAUCUGUUGAAUUGUUCCAAUUGUAUGAUGAUCACAGAAAGAAAGGAAUAAACAUUCCUACGGAAAAAGAGUUUCGAGGUUACUAUGCCCUUCUCAAGCUGGACAAACAUCCUGGGUAUAUGGUUGAACCUGCAGAGCUCUCCCUUGAUCUUGCAAAGAUGACCCCAGAAAUAAGACAAACUUCAGAGGUUCUAUUUGCACGUGAUGUAGCAAGAGCUUGCAGAACUGGUAAUUUUAUUGCCUUCUUUCGACUUGCGAGGAAAGCAAGUUACCUCCAAGCAUGCCUAAUGCAUGCUCACUUCUCAAAGUUACGAAGCCAGGCACUUGCUUCUGUGCAUGCAGGUCUUCAAAAUAAUCAAGGGAUCCCUAUUUCCGAUAUUGCCAAGUGGCUAGCAUUGGAGGAAGAGGAAAUUGAAAGCCUUUCAGAGUAUCAUGGGUUUGUAAUAAAGUCAUUUCGAGAGCCAUAUAUGGUGAAGGAGGGCCCAUUUCUCAAUAGUGAUGAGGACUAUCCUACCAAGUGUUCUAAGCUUGUUGAUAUGAAAAAGUCAAGAAGCAUAAUCAAGGAUCUUUUGACUUCUACUCAACUCAUAUCCUUGUCUACUGAAGCAACAAAUGAGAUUCAGCUUAUUAAGAAAAAUAAGCCUGAACCAAAAACCGUUUCAUAUGCUGAAAGGAAAAGUCCUGUCCAUGAUGUCCCAGCCAUUGAAGUAAUAAAAUCCUUCCAUGAAGUUGAUGAAGAAAUGCCUAAUUUUGAAGCUGUUUCAUCCCCAAAAGAUGUCAGACAAAAGCAGCAAAUGAUUCAAACACCUAUUUUUUCAUCUCCAGAAGUUUACAGACAAAAGCAGCAAACAAUUCAAACACCAAUUCUUGGUCAAUACACUAAACAUCCCCAACAGGUGGCUGCUGUCCCUCCUUCCCCAUGGGCUUUCUCAUCAUUUAAACCCCAGCCUGAUAAAGUUGGUACAAUGGGGAAGCAGAACUAUGAUGCUGUUUUCAGUAACUCUCCAGAGAAAAGCAUGCAUUCUGGCAUGGAAGGAAUGCCAUUGCAUAUUGAGUCAAAAACAGCUCUGCAAGACGGAUCUCCAGUUGAUACAUAUAGUUACGGUGUGGAACAUCCAAUCAGAAAAAUUCCGGUCAUUAAUAAGGUGGAAGAUGAGGAACCUCCAGAUCUUGAUCAGGAAGAUGAAAAUAUUGAUGAUAUGGGAACUGAUCAACAUGAAGAAAUUGCCGAGGCAAAACUCAAGUUGAUACUAAGGUUAUGGAAGCGGCGUUCUCUGAAGCUAAGGGAACUGCGAGAGCAAAAGCAGUUAGCAGCAAACGCUGCAUUGAAUUCUUUAUCAUUGGGGCCACCAGUUCAACUCAAGACAGAUCAACUGAGCACAUCUGGUGAGUUUGACAUUGAUCUCAUUUUGAGGGAGAGAUAUAAAAAGCAAGGAAAAUCAUGGUCAAGACUUAAUGUUUCAGAUGUAAUAGCGGAUAUACUAGGGAGAAGAAACCCAGACGCUAGAUGCCUCUGUUGGAAAACUGUUGUAUGUUCCCAGAUGAACUAUCUAGAAGGUGAACUGGGACAGAGGAGCCAUGUCUUGGGAGCAGCCCCAUGGUUGCUUUCAAAGCUCAUGCCUAUGGAAAAUGAUGUGGACGACGAUGAUGAUGAUCUCGUAAUUUCGUCUCCUGGUGUGUCAAUAUGGAAGAAAUGGAUUCCUGGCCAAUCUGGUUCAGAUAUGACCUGCUAUUUGUCUGUGGUUAAGGAUGCAAAUUUUGAUAAUCUAGUUGAAACUGUAUCUGGUGCAAGUGCUAUUUUGUUCCUUACAUCUGAAAGUAUCCCUUGGAAAUUGCAAAAAGUCCAGCUCCAUAACCUUCUGACGUCAAUACCUUAUGGUUCCUGCUUGCCCCUUCUGAUCUUAAGUGGCUCAUACAACGACAUUGCAGAUCCUUCUUCCACUGUUGUUGAUAAUUUGGGUCUCCAUGACUUGGAUAAGUCACGAAUAAGCAGCUUUAUAGUUGUUCCCCUUGUUGAAAACCAGCAAACGGAACAAGUGGAUGGGUUUUUCAGCGACAGGCGACUUAGGGAGGGGCUCAGAUGGCUUGCAAGUGAAUCACCUCUUCAACCCAUUCUUCAUCAUGUAAAAACACGUGAACUCAUUCUUAGCCACUUGAAUUCUUCGUUGGAUUCACUAGACAAAAUGAAAGAUUAUGAAGUAGGUCCAGACAAAUGUAUUCUUGCCUUCAAUGAAGCCUUGGGUCGGUCACAGAAGGAAAUUGCUGCUGCUGUCCAGGAAAAUCCUUGCAGUUGGCCUUCCCCUGAGAUUGCUUUACUCGAGGAGUUUAGUGAUGAGUACAGGGUUGUGAAGUGGUACUUGCCAAGCAUAGGAUGGAGCUCAGUGCAAAAAGUUGAACCAUUAAUUUCAGCUCUAGGUGAUUCUAGGCUUCCAGAUUUUCCUGACAAUAUUUCGUGGUUGCCCAGAUGUUGUAAUGCUGGAGAGGAGAUUGAAAACCUGAGAAUUGAACUUGAAAAUGGCUUAAUUGAAUACCUGACACAUUCAAGUACGAUGAUGGGGCUUGCACUUGCUAUGAAAGAGGCACAUGUAAUGUUGCAAAGAAGUUGUCGACUUGAGCGCGAUGACUCGUGCUGCUACAUUGUUCCGAAUUGGGUUAUGAUUUUCAGACGAAUCUUCAACUGGCGGUUAAUGGGUUUAGCCAGUGGUACCUUUUCAUCAGCUUAUAUCUUGGACUGUUCUCAUCUUAACAAAGCUUUUGGAAACCCCGGUAAGAUGGGGCUUGAAGAGAGCGGACCUUCACCUUAUUAUCUUGAUCAGCCAUCUCUGGAUGAAGUCAUUGCAGUUAGCUAUAGCCCUCUUUUGCCCCUUAGAGAUCAGGCUUUGCUAGAAGCUGAUCGAACUCUUCCUGAAACAUCUCCCAAUGGUGAAAUUCAUGGGACCCCUAACACAAAUGACUUGAUGGAGAUGGAGGAUGAAAGACGUUUAAUGCAUGAUGAUCAAGCAAGGGUAGACGAUGCAUCUCACGUAAAUGGGACACUAGAGAAUGCUGGCAGAGAAAUAGUGAUCGCUGGAGAAGUAACAAAGGGAGCUGAAAAAUUAAGCAUGUUGUUAGAACAGUGUAACAUAUUACAGAAUGUUAUAGACGAGAAGCUGUCCAUUUAUUUCUGAUCUGCUAAUAAUUUUGUACUAGUAAUUUUUUUGGGUAAGAAUUUUGUACAAUUGUAACAAUAGAAAUUUGAAGUAACAGCUGCCUUGCAUCUGUCAAACGAGUUUCAGGGUUAAGCUUCAAACUGGAUGAGAUUAAUUCUUGAUAAGUGAGAGUAUUUUCAAACCUCCCUUUUC